AUCAAUGCCCUCGAAUAGAAAGUCGACUACGUUUACCGCGAACAUAUGUAGUCAAGUUUCCCGCAAAGCUGAGAAAAUCAGUGAUUUUUAAACGACUUUCUGCUUGUCAUGUCUCUCCUUUUACUGCUUCAUAGUAACGCAUUGGCGACGAUUGCUGAAGCGGAAGUGCUUCAUGUUUCAGACGGCAUUCCUGACGGUAGCUCUUCUACCAUUCAGACUGGCUGCAAUUACGGCUCUGGUGAUCAUGGCCUGGCUCCUAGCUUGUCUAGGUCUCCUUGGAUUGUCCGAGGAAGAUCUCCGUCGAGCCCCUCUGAAAGGGUGGAGACGCAAAAUUGUGCCCUGGCUGUGCUUUAUGGGCCGACUGACUUACCAAGCAGGAGGAAUGCGAAUCGUUGUCCGCGGAAAGCAGGCCAGCAGGUCCGAGGCACCGAUCUUGGUGGUUGCGCCCCAUUCAACCUUCAUGGACGGUGGAAUUGUCUACAUAACUGGCUUCCCUUCGAUCAUCGUAAGACGAGAAUCGGGACUGAACCCGUUCAUCGGAAAACUUAUCAACUAUACGCAACCGGUCUACGUUUGGAGGGACGACCCUAAUUCACGACAGAAUACGAUCAAGGAAAUUAUCGAAAGGGCUACUUCGAAAGAGGAUUGGCCGCAGGUUAUGAUUUUCCCAGAAGGUACCUGUACAAAUCGAUCGUGCCUAAUUACUUUUAAAUCCGGAGCGUUCUAUCCUGGUGUACCUGUUCAACCUGUUUGCAUCAGGUAUCCUAAUAAAUUGGACACGGUCACGUGGACUUGGGAAGGUCCUGGAGCAUUAAAGUUAUUAUGGCUGACACUAACUCAACUGAAUAGCAGUUGCGAAAUAGAGUUCCUCCCUGUUUACAAGCCUAGCGAAGCUGAGAAAACGGAUCCUAAACUUUACGCAAAUAACGUGCGACGCCUUAUGGCAGAGGCCUUGCAGAUACCAGUAUCAGAUUACACGUACGACGACUGUCGAAUAAUUAGUAAAGCUCAUCAGCUGCACAUACCGCGUGCGUCUAUCAUCGUAGAGGCCCAUAAGCUUCGUAACAAACUUGGGUUGGUAGCGGCGAAGACCGAAGAAGAAAUCGUUCAGAAAAAAACGGAAAGGCUAAACGAGACCGUGAACUUGGAGGAGUUCGCGCAAAUACUCAGAAUCGAUGAAAAGGAGCCUGCUACCCAACAACUUUUCCGAAUACACGAUAGAAACGGAAAGGGUAAAAUAGACUUCGAGGAGUAUAUAUUCACAGUAUUAGCCACAGCGAAUGCAAACACAGAAUUAGACAAAAUCGAGACGGCGUUUGAAGUUUGCGGUACAAAAUCGUUAUCGUGCAUCGGUAAAAUGGAACUGAGGAAAGCGUUGAAACUGUCGUUAGAUGUACCAUCGGAAGAGUCGGAUAAGAUCUUUCAGCACGCGAAGAUUGAUCCUUCCGACACGUCAGUUAAUUUUGAAUUUGUCCUGGCCGCAAUAGCAGCGCGAGCAGAGUAUGCUCAUAUAUUUACAGCGAACAGUGAAACGAGGAAAAAGAAUAUUUGAGAGUAUUUAAUCGACUCGUUCCAUGCUCAUCGAAGAUAUAGGACACAUCGCGUUUGUAGCAGGCCGCUUCUCAACCAAACUUGCGUCAGUCCUGUCUAACUUUGUUCCACUCUUGCUGAUAUUAAUACUGUUUCAACGAAUAGAUAGCCAUUUUUUUUUUUAGUAUUAUAUCGUUGACGAAGCAAGAUGUCGUCUUCGUGAGAAUUAAGAGAAAAACGGAACGAGAAGAUUGCUGCAUAGUAUGUUAAGGAUUGUAUUAAAUAAAUGAGUUGAUUUGUCUAGCGUUCGCGUGGACGCAGA